AUGGAAACAUAUGCCAACAUUUAUGGUUGUGAACUUGAUAAUACAAUAAAUUCACUAAAAUAUAUACAAGAAUCUUUAAAAUCAUUAUCAUCAACACCAGAAACAAACGAUGUUUCUACUUUUACUUCAGCUGCUGCUAAUUUCAUACCAAUACCUCCUGAAGUACUUAUUAAAGCACUAAAUCAAGCUGAACUAAUAGAAAUAGAGCUUAGAAAUAGAAGAAACGAAAGAAUUAAAGCUCUUGAGAAUUUACCAGCAAAUUUAUCAAAUGAACCAUUGAAACAACGAUUGGCUUUUGAUGAUGACAACAAACCUGUUUCAAAUCCUAAGCUCAAAGCCAUUCGUAAUAAUGUUUUUCAAUACAGUCCGAUGUAUAAUAAACCACAGAGACUUGAUGAUAUUUUACAAUAUAGACGACCAGAAGAAAAAGUAGAGUACACUUUGUCAUAUAUUCAAAAACGUGAACAAGAUCGUAUACAGAAAAAAAUCAACAAAAAGAAAGCCAAGCGAAAUAGAUUUUUGUUUCAGAUAAAAGCAACGUAUGCAGAUUAUGUCACAAUAUCUGAGUUAAUGAGGGAUAAAAAACUUGCAUUUGGUAGGGCAGUCUUAAACUAUCAUGCAUCUGUUCAAAAAGAACAACAAAGAAAGCAAGAUAAAUUCCAACGAGAAAGGUUGAAUGCUUUAAAAAACGAUGAUGAAGAGGCAUACAUGAAAUUGAUUGAUGAAACUAAAGACACCAGACUCAGUCAUUUAUUAAAACAAACUGAUCAAUAUCUUGAAAAAUUGGCAAAAGCAGUUUCCACUCAACAAAAUGAACCUUUUAAUAAUAAUUCAAUGAUUAACACUCAUUUCGUUCCCAGCACUAUAUUUUCAUCACCAGUUAUUGACGAAGACAAUAUCAUUGAAACAACAGAUAAAAGAAGAAGUAAAGCAACCGUUGAUACUUAA